AUGUCAGGAGUGAAGCCAGUUAACUCUUCUGAUUCUGACAGUGAUGACUCAGAUGAAUUUGGCCUUGAAUCACUGUUCCAAGUUGAGAAAAACCCUAAGUGGCUUAGUUUUGACAUGUGGGGAUGGUGUCGCGCAGAUAACUGGCAACAAAUAUUGGAAAAAAACCAAAGAUUUAAACCUGCUCGGGUUUAUCUCAUGAAGCUGGUCAUUGACUACUUGAACAGCAUAAGCGUAAACUACUACGUAUACGGCGGCACGGCACUGUCUGUGUAUCGAGAAGGCGGGAAAAUAAUUGAACACGAUGGUGAUAUCGACGUUGCUAUUAUGGAGACUGACUUUGCCAAUGUUGUUAAGAAGAUAGACUCCUGUCAAGCCUUUACAGACGGUGAAAUUGUUAUGGAAUAUCAAAACAUAAACCGAGGUCGCAGUUGGUUUGACGCUGACGGAACCGAAAUACCAUUUAAUGGAUGUGGAGCAAAGAGGAUAAAAUUUUUUGCAACAAAAAAACUUCUCUCGCUGCAGUUCGGAAUCCCAGAUGAUGAAUUAAUCAGCAGAGAUCUCGUUCACCUGGACGUUUUUACUCUCAGUCAACAUCCAGAUUUUUCAGAUUGCUUUUGUGUUAACUGGAACAUUCCAGGCCAUUAUGAUUACAGAAAGAAGGCCUUCCCAAAAUCCAUCUUUUUCCCCUUAAAAAAAUACAGUUUUGAGGGGCUUGGGGUAACCGGAAUGAACGACCUUAAGACUUAUUUGGAAUUGGAGUAUGGUUAUAUAGGCCGCGGUGCAAUUUUCGACCAAGAAACACAACUUUAUGUGAAAAUACCAGAAAACAUAUGUGAAAAGCUUCCGGAAAAAGUUCAACGUGACAUGAUUCCUGACUCUUGA